GUAGUACGCUUUCUCCUCCUUCCUUCUCGAUGUCAUCAACAGAACAACUUCUUACACAAGCAGACGCUGCCUCAAAAACGGAUACUCGACGUGCAGAAUCUCUCUACAAGCAAAUUCUCUCUCUUCAAAAACCAUCACCAACUGAGGGCGAUGAACGAUUGGUGCAAACGCUACGAGAUCAAGAGACGGCGUUGGUAAAACUUGGGCAACUUUAUCGCGAUCAGAAGAAUGCAAAGGGUGUAGCCGAAAUAAUAACACAAUCUCGGACUUUUAUGUCCUCCACUGCAAAGGCGAAGACAGCCAAACUUAUUCGAACCCUGCUCGACUACUUCAACACCAUUCCGGGCAGUCAAGAUGUGCAGAUGACCACCCUGAAAGAGAAUAUCGAGUGGGCUAAACGAGAGAAGCGAGUUUUCUUGAAGCAUAGUUUGGAGACAAGAUUAGCGAGCUUACAACUCGAAGUACAGCAAUACAAGCCUGCGCUAGCCCUCAUUGAUUCCUUACUCACUGAGCUUAGACGACUUGACGAUAAGAUGAUAUUGACUGAAGUCCACCUUCUGGAGAGUAGAGUGUAUCGAGGGAUAGGAAAUCUGGCGAAGGCCAAGGCAGCUCUUACAUCCUCUCGCACAGCCGCAAACUCGAUAUAUUGUCCGCCUCAUCUACAAGCCGCACUCGACCUCCAAUCCGGAAUCUUACACGCUGAAGACAAAGAUUACACCACUGCCUAUUCCUACUUCUUCGAGGCUUUCGAAAGCUUCUCUUCGCAAGGUGACGAUGAUGGCAAAGCGCUCGGAGCCCUCAAGUAUAUGCUUCUCUGCAAGGUCAUGCUGAACUUGCCAGAAGACGUAACGUCACUGCUUUCAAUCAAACUUGCCGUGAAGUACGCGCAACUGCGUGAAGUCGAGAGUAUGCGCGCUGUGGCUCGCGCACAUCAAGAUCGAAAUCUUGCAGAUUUUGAGAAGGCGCUCAAAGAAUACAAAAAUGAGCUCUCCUCCGAUCCGACAAUCCGCUCGCACCUCUCCGAUCUCUACGACGCGUUACUUCAACAGAAUCUAUUGAGGAUAAUAGAACCUUACUCUGUCGUAGACGUUGAAUUCAUCGCCGAAUCUGUGGGACAAGGCCGACAAAGUGUCGAGACUAAACUCUCCCAGAUGAUUCUCGAUAAGGUUUUCCAUGGGGUAUUAGAUCAAGGCCGGGGAUGUCUCCUUGUCUAUGAUGAGCCCAAACCCGACAACAUGUACGGUACAGCUAUUGAGACAUUAGGAGAAGUAAGCAAGGUCGUGGAAUCACUGUACGACAAGACCGUGACUAUCGCGUAG